AUGUCAUUUGCUAAUUCUUCUCAUUUUCUCUCACCAAACUCAAUGUUCAUUUUUCAUACGUUUCCCAUAUCUUUCCAACUCAACUCUCAAAUAUUGUGCUUAUGGACCAACUCCAACAGUUGGCUAUCUUUCUUUAAUCUUCCCGGUCGUCUUCACCUAAUUCAGCUACUCAUCCAAACACCGUUUUUUGGCCUGCAGCAUCCGCAUACACAUCUGCCUUAUCUACGCGGAAAUGACCGAGUUGCCAAUCCCGUACUUUUCUUUGCAAAUUUUCACCAACUUGCUGCAACAACAACUAAAUAUACAAUGAAAAGUUACCCUCCACUUUCAAAGCGUUUGCUCCAAGUCUCAUGCGCUAUUGUAUGGUGUUUACUUGCAGCUGGACCAGUAUUUGGUUUUGCAGCUCUCAAACCAAUCCUUAUUAAAGAAGGAAUUUACCAUGAAAAAUGUCCACCUUCGUCUAAUAAAGGUUCUGGUGAACCAUGUGUGGCACAAGAUCUUCUGUUGAACAAGAUGUUUACACUUGCGGCUGUUUUCACUAAUGUUGCUGCCCUUCCUGUUGGUUACAUUUUGGAUGAAUAUGGACCAAAAAUUAGUGGUAUCAUUGGUUCUGGCUUAAUAUUUUUGGGUUCUCUUCUACUUCGUCUUGGGUCGCAAGUUGGUAGCUCCUGGUUUGAUCCUUACUUGGUUGGCUACACAUUUCUUGCCUUAGGAGGACCGUUCGUGUUUAUCUCAUGCUUCCAAUUGGCCAACAGUUUCCCCAAAAACUCGGGUCUUAUCUUGGCAUUGUUAACCGGUGCCUUUGACUCUUCUCUGGCCCUCUUUCUUAUCUACCGUUUGAUAUACACCAAUAUCCACAAGGUUACUCUCAACCAAUUUUUCACCUACUACAUGGUGGUGCCUUUGUUCAUAUUGGGAUGUCAGCUUACAAUUAUGCCCUCGGAUUCUUACAAGACAAUGGGUACACUUGCAAAAAUCGGCACUACUGGUAUCGAUGAAACAGGUAGACCCAUUGAUGAAGACCUACUUAGUGUGGAAGAUAGAGAGACCGAUGAUGAAAUUGUGCAUCCUCAACCAACUGUCACUGAAUCUACUGCGUUGCUUAUGAGAAGAGCUUCGUUUUCUAGAAGAGAAUCUACUGUUUCCAGAGCUUCGUUUGCUUCGAGAAAUUCGAUCAAAUCAGUAUACGAACAAGAUGCUGAAACCAAGUUGGUUCAUUCCACAGGUGGUAUUUUUGGUAUCAUGCAUGGUUAUGACAUAUCUGAUCAGCUCAAAUCACCCUGGUUCGUUUUGAUGACUCUCUUUACCACCAUUCAAAUGUUGAGAAUCAACUAUUUUGUAGCUACCAUCAAGUCCCAGGAAUUGUACUUGUAUCACGGUGAUGAGGAAUUAGCAACCAAAAUCAACCAUUUCUUCGACUUGGCAUUACCAUUGGGUGGUUUGGCAUCAAUUCCAUUCAUUGGAGUUUUAUUGGACAAUUUCACCACUCUUACCAUCUUGUGUAUCUUGACAGUGGUGUCGUUGUUCAUUGGUGUUAUGGGACUAUUGUCAUGGAUUCCUGCUACUUACGCCGGUAUCCUCAUGCUUGUCGUUUACAGGCCAUUUUACUACACUUCUGUAUCAGACUUUUGCGCUAAAGUGUUUGGCUUCGAGACGUUUGGAACCGUUUACGGUGCCAUUAUUUGCUUUUCUGGAAUCUGUAAUCUCUUGCAGCUGGCGAUGGACCAUGCUACCCAUGAGACGUUUGGCAUGAAUCCCACGCCCAUCAAUGCCAUUCUCACUGGGUUGACGGCAGUAUUUGGAUUGAUCUUGAUACAGUAUGUGCGCUCCAGUGAAUUGGCAUUAAGGAGAAAUAACUUGGAGCUCGAGGCGCAAAAGGCAUCUACCAGAAGUAUUCCCACGCAGAUUCAAAACUGA